ACACCUGAGGAAACGUCUUUCCCCUGGCAUGGGCUAUGUCAGAUUUUGUAGAGCAUGCCCCCUGUGAGAACUUUGAGGCCAAUGUGUUUGCCAGGAGCCGAUGCCAGAAUUGUUUCCGGGCAGUUGGUGCUCACCACCAGCCCAGCAACCAGAGUUACUGCCGCCUUGCCUGCGAUCGGCUCAGAGCUGUCUCCUCUGAGCAAAUCCCAGCGAGGGCGACACAAUGGAGAGAAAGCGGCGCUGACAGCCAGGCUGCUAGGAACCUUCCCCCUCGCUGCUCCCAUGCUGAGAAGGUGCCAGAGGAACAUGCUGUGGAGGCCCCACAUGGUGAUGCCACCAGUGGGCCAGACCCAGGUGGACUUUGGGACCCCCUGUGCAUCUUAGCUCCCCAGUGUGAGCUGUAUGUGUGCGCGGGCUUCAAGGACAGGACUGAGGACUGGCAGGAGAGCUUGGCAUACACCCAGCUCAGCAGCCGAGCCCAGGACGAGCAUGAAGACACCAGCACCCGUACUGAUAUCAGCACCGAUACCAGCACCGGUACCGGAACCAGUGCCACGCUCUCAGGGGACUGGGAAAUGACCAGGCUGCUGGACAGCAUUUUGGGAUUGGACAAACAAGACACAAUGAACUACACGGGCCAGAGGAAAGAGGUGCAGAUUGGAGCCCUGCAGUCAGACAGACCCAGGUGGGGUCAGACCAUAUCCUGGGGGAGAACAGAGUCCCAGAGCUUCAUGAAAGAAAUCUCCCCUCAGAAAGCAGAAUCCAGUCCUGUGAGCCAGAGCACUGGGGAUGGCUGGGCAAAGCAUCAGACGGAGAGCAGUUAUUUCUCUCUGGAACGCCGGAAAUCUGACCCCACCUGGGUCUCCUCCCCUCCACGAGCCAGCUCCAGCACCUUGCCCACACGCAGUGACCCAGUAAGGACUGGCAGGCAUCUCACUUCCUCCAUCAGCUCACUGGACUCUGACUUACCUGGGUGCACGAGGGGCGGCGGCGAGGGGCGACAUGCCCUGGUGCGGCAGGAAUACACGGUGUUGGCUGAUCUGCCCAAGCCCAAGCGGAUCAGUCACAGGGAGGCAUUUGAACAGGAACGCAGCAGCUCCCGCACUCGGAGCCCAGGCCGGGCAGAGGUGGAGCGGAUCUUUGGAUACGAGCGUAGGAAGUCCGAGACGCUGGAGGCGUUCCAGGCCCUGGAGGACGGCCUCCUGGACCGGCUGGAUGGCAAGACCCCACUGCUGGCCAAAGAAGGGCAGUUAGGCAGGAGGCAGUCCAGCCCCACCCUGUACAGAGAGGGGAACAAGAGGCUCCUACAGCAGCUGGAGCAGCCUGGCAGACGUGGAGGAGAGGCCCUGCACUCAGUGAGCCCGGCUCGGCGAUCGGAAAGAGACUGGAGGAGCCAAGUGGACUCUAUGUGCCACAUGAGUACAGACAAGUGCAUGGACAGAGAAAGGGUUUCUCCUCAGCCCUUGAAUCCUGGAAAACACACAGACAGUAACUGGAAAAGCCAGAGGGAUUCCCUGCACCCCACAAACCCCGGGAAGAGCUCAGAUAACAGUUGGACUAGCCGAGGGGGGCACCUGCGCUCCUUGAGUCCUGGGAAGCACCCAGAGAGCAACUGGAAGAGCCCAAAGGAGACCCACCCUGUGAGUCCAGUAACAAGCACUGAGAGAAAGUGGAAGGGUGCAAAAGAACCCCUGCACCCUAUGAGUGCUGGAAAACGCAUGAGUGCGCGACAUAGCCUAGAGGAGAAACCCCACCUUGUGAGUCCGGGGAAAUGCACAGAGCGAGAUCAGAAGGGCCAGGGCAAAUCACUGCGCCCCGUGAGUCCAGCCAGGAAACUGGAAAGCGACUGGAGGAGCCAGGCAGAGACCCUGCGCUCCAGGAGUCCAACCAGGCAGCCGGAGAGGGACUGGAGGAGCCAGGCAGAGACCCUGCGCUCCAGGAGUCCAACCGGGAGGCCAGAGAGGGACUGGAGGGGCCACGCAGAGACCCUGCGCUCCAGGAGUCCAACCAGGCAACCGGAGAAGGACUGGAGGAGCCACGCAGAGACCCUGCGCUCCAGGAGACCAAUUGGGAGGCCAGAGAGGGACUGGAGGAGCCACGCAGAGACCCUGCGCUCCAGGAGUCCAACCGGGAGGCCAGAGAGGGACUGGAGGAGCCAGGUAGAGACCCUGCGCUCCAGGAGCCCAGCCAGGCAGCUGAAGAGGGACUGGAGGAGCCAGGAAGAGGCUCUGUGCUCCAGAAGUCAAACUCAAAGAUCAGAAGACCACUGGAAAACCCAAGAGAAGUGCUUGUGCCACAUGAAUCCAAUGCAACAGCUGGAAAGGGACUGGAGAAGCCAAGGAGAAUGUCUGUACUCAGUGAGCUCAGGGCACCAACCAGAGACCAAAAGCCCGGUGAGUCCAAGUCAAUGGUUAGAGAGUGACAUGAAGAGCCAUGAGCAGUCCCUAGACCUAAGCUCAGAGAAGCAAUUGGAGAAUGACAGGGGCAAAGAGGAGACCCUCCUACAUCAAUCCCAGCUAGAUCGAGGCACAACCCGACCCCUCAACAGUGCCAGCUCCAUGGGAAGCCAAGAUCUUUAUUUGAACACUAACGGGCAACGCCACAAGCCGGAUCUCCUCAAUUUCAAGAAGGGAUGGAUGUCCAUACUGGAUGAGCUGGGAGAGUGGAAGAAACACUGGUUUGUGCUGACGGACUCGAGCCUGAGAUAUUACAGGGACUCCAACGCUGAGGAGGCUGAUGAGCUGGAUGGUGAGAUUGACCUGCGCUCCUGCACAGAAGUGACGGAAUAUGCCGUGCAACGCAACUAUGGCUUCCAGAUACACACGAAGGAUGCCACCUUCACCCUGUCAGCAAUGACCUCGGGGAUCCGGCGGAACUGGAUCGAGGCGCUGAGGAAGAACGUCCGCCCGGCAAGCGCACCAGAUGUCACAAAGCUAUCUGACUGCAAUAAGGAAAACUCCUUCCGCAGCUGCGUCCCCCAGAAAGGCUCCCUCAGGUCAGAGGAGCAGUGGCCAGGCUUGGGGUCGGAGGUUAUCUCCAAGGGCAGUAACCGGAAGGUGGAUGGGCCGCGCCACACCUUUGACUACGUGGAGCUGGCCCCCUUGCAGCAGGGCCCUUUGAAUCAGGGGGCCCCGCAGCGGACGAGAGGCAGUUGGAGGGGGAUCUCUGACCGAGUCACCAAGCACGAGGACCUGGAACGGGACCUAGCCCUCCGCUCUGAGGAGAGGCGGAAGUGGUUUGAGGCUCCUGAUACUGGGGUCCUGCAGGGCGACAGCCCAGCAGGGGCCCUCUGCUGGAAGGCGUGUGAGCAGGAGCUGCUGGGGCCUGCCCUGUCGGAGGACCAGCGCAGCCGGCUGAGUGAAGAGAUUGAGAAGAAAUGGCUGGAGCUGGAACGGAUGCCCCUGAAGGAGUCUAAGCGCCUUCCUCUGACUGCGCUGCUGAACCAGAGCAAGGGGGGCUUUGGAGACUCAAGGGAGGCGCUGGAGAAAGAGGUCCAGUCCCUGAGGGCACAGCUGGAGUCCUGGCGUGUCCGUGGCGAGAACCUUCGUGACACAGGAAAAUCCUAUGGAGAUGGCCACAUGCCCCAGGGAUUCAUCUCCCAGGAGGCAUGUGAGCGCAGCUUGGCAGAGAUGGAAUCUCUUCACCAGCAGGUCAUGACCGAGCUCCAGCGGCACCAUCAGCGGGAACUGGAGCGGCUGCGGCAGGAGAAGGAGCGGCUCCUGGCUGAGGAGGCUGCAGCCACAGCUGCGGCAAUCGAAGCGCUGAAGAAGGUGCACAAGGAGGAGCUGAAUAGGGAGCUGGGCAGGACACGCAGUUUCCAGCAGAGCGGGUCAGGCUCGGAGGCCCUCCGGAGACAGCACCAGUUGGACGUGGACUCUCUGAAGCGGGAGCUGCAGGUUCUCUCCGAGCGAUACUCCCAGAAGUGUCUGGAAAUCGGCGACCUCACAGAGAAAGCAGAAGAGCGGGAGCAGAUGCUGCAGCGCUGCCAGCAGGAGGGGAAGGAGCUGCUCCGGCAGAACCAGGAGCUGCAGACAUGCCUGUCGGAAGAGAUCCAGAGGUUACGGACCUUCAUCACCUCACAGGGCACAGGGGAUGGGGCCUUGCACAACGGCGAGAGGAGCUCCUGUGAGCUUGAGGUGCUGCUUCGAGUGAAGGAGAAUGAACUCCAGUACCUGAAGAAAGAGGUUCAGUGUCUUAAGGAUGAGCUCCAGAUGAUGCAAAAGGAUAAGAGAUUUGCCUCAGGGAAGUACCAGGAUGUCUAUGUGGAGCUGAACCACAUCAAGCUGCGCUCGGAGCGGGAGAUCGAGCAGCUGAAGGAGCACCUACGCCUGGCCAUGGCAGCGCUGCAGGAGAAGGAGACGCUGCGCAACAGCAUCAGCGAGUAGAGGUUUGUUUUGCUCGAUUUCCUCACUUGUGGGGAGGUGGUGGUGGCUGUAUCCCAUCCAUUGACACCCCCUCGAGGAAACCAGCUCCCAUGUCUUUCACCAAUCCCCAUCCCAUGCGCCUGCAUAUCUGAGCACAUCGUUUGGACUGGCUCCUACGUGCACCUUCUUCAGGAUUUUAUAUGUGAAAAGAUAUAUUUUAUAGAUACUUCACUUUUUUGUUUUGUGGGUGGGGAACAUUUUAAAUCUACAAUAUCUUUUAACCAGCAGCUGAAGACCGAAGAAACACAGCUGUUGCUCCUGCCUCAAGUGCUCCUUGUGGGGUGCAUCUGUGGGGUCGUGAAUGGCCUUCACCCCUCUUAUCUUCCCACUCCUCCAGCCUGCUUGGAUGUGCUGGAAGGACCAUGCACCAUGAGACAGACUGUGGCUAGCCAUACGAGAGAACCAAUGUCCUGCACACGUUCCCCUGGACCGCUGAAUGCAGAGAGGUUGUUGGACAGAGCUGCUCAAGCUGUUGGGGACUGUGCUCUCGCUCUGUGGACUGUAUUGAAGGGAGGUUUCGGUACCCAUGGGCCAUGUGAAUGUCCCAGGGCAAGGCCAGUCCCCUGGAGGUUUUGGAAGAGCCUGCCUCCUGCUAACACACUCCUGAGAAGGACCAGGGGACUCUGCACCCGCCACUGCUGCGUCCGCUGGAGCCAAACAAUGAAGGCGGCGGCUGCCCUUCCGCACAUAGUUUAACUUAAUAAAAUCUUCAGCUAUCUGA